CAGUCGAGUUGGUGCGACACCAUAAUACCCUUGCCUAAGCGGUAAGCAGGUACAGCCCAGCGUUUGCCAAAUUGGGAAUCCUGAGUCGAGAGUUGUGUCGCUAAACAUAUAAAUUCAAUAUCGGGUCGCUUCUUGAGUUCCCAAGGGUUGUUUCCAUUUACCUGUACUCUCGUCAAAUUUUCCACAACCAACAAUGUCGUUCUUCAGGACUGACGGUGUCGCUGUCGUUACAGGAGCGGCCGGUGGUAUUGGCCUGGCGGCUGCCAAUGCCUUUGCUGAAGCUGGCGCGGCCGCCGUAAUCUUCACGGACAUCCAAGAAGAUAAAGUGAAGGCCAAUGCGGAGGAGAGCAAAAGCUUUGCCUCCAAUUCCGACUACAAGACCGCCGCUUAUUAUAUGGAUGUGACGGAUCCGAAAAGCGUCGACGAUGUGAUCGCCAGAGUUGUUACGGAGUUUGGGAGGAUUGACUAUCUCGUGAACAGCGCCGGCGUCGACACUGAGCGCUAUGUCCCUGUGCCGGAGAAUGACAUGGAGGACUACGACAGAGUUAUGGCAGUGAACACCAAGGGUAUACUUAUUACUUCCCGAGCCGUCAUCAAGGUCAUGGAGAAGCAAGAGCCGCGUACGUUCACCAAGAGGAAUGGAACUAUUCGGGGUCUUGGUCGUGGAGUCAUAGUCAAUGUCACUUCUGUGCUUUCCUUCGCUGCGCAGCCGGGGAAGGUAGCGUACAUCACGUCGAAGCAUGCCGCGAUUGGCAUGACCAAAUCUCUUGCAAUGGACGUUGCUUCCAAGGGAAUCCGUGUCAACGCUAUCUGCCCCGGUUGGGUCAACACACCUAUGCACCACACAGAACUCCAGAAAAUCCCCCAGAUCAUCGAGUUCAUCAAGCGCGCAGUGCCAAUCGGUAGAGUUGCGGAGCCAGAGGAGAUCGGAGAGAACGUCGUGGCUCUGUGCAGUCCCGCCGGAACUUACAUCAAUGGGGCUCCGAUCAUCAUUGACGCAGGUUUAACCCUCACGGUGAACUUGUAGAUAGCGUCAGGCAGGCAGUCAACAAUUUAAAUGACAGGGACGCGAUCUAUAAUUUCACCCGAAUAUUUUGGGGGAAAUAGAAAGCUAUGCCUCUGGAAUCUCCGGUGAGCCAUUCCCACUGGCCGGGAGCUUCUGGGGAAUAUGACAUUUGGAAUUUGCAUACAUACAUAUGAAGCUCAAGCAAACCUUUUGGAAAGACUAUACAUGUCUUCAGGAACCGUCAAGCAAAUUUCAUCACAUG